AACUGCCGGUGCUGCACAUCUUCGGGCAGCAGCCCCUGGACAUCGGGCGUUGCACAGAAGCAUUCCAGGAGCUCUACCCCAAUCGGCAGAGUCGUGUGGUGGUGCUGAGCGAUGUGGUUUAUGCCCAUGCAAUGGGUGAGCUGGAGCAACGGUUGUGCCCCGAGUACCCCAAUAUCAUUUUCUCCAGGGUGGUGUGCAAGGACUCUCCUGGCCCUGCACCGCCUGGGGAGGUGCGGCAGUUUGGUCGCCAGUUCCAUGUGGAGGCACUGGGUGGGCUGCAGGACUGUGCCAUGUUCUACGUGGGAGCCGAGGGCCUGGCCCUCACCAGCUUCAUGCUGACCUGGAACUGCUGCCCUUUCAGCUCCUUUGAUCCUGCCACCGGCUGUGAGACCCUCAAUGUCAACCGGGCCCUGAUGCGACGCUUCUACCUGGUGGAGCGGGCCCGGGAUGCCCAGGUGGUGGGCAUCCUGGUGGGCACUCUCGGCGUGGCAGGCUACCUGACCGUGCUGCAGCACCUCCGCAAGCUUCUGCGCCGGGCCGGCAAGCGCAGCUACACGCUGGCCGUGGGGAAGCCAAACCCUGCCAAGCUAGCCAACUUCCUGGAAGUGGACAUCUUCGUCCUGGUGGCCUGUGCUCAGAACUCACUCCUGGACUCCAGUGACUUCUACCGGCCCGUUGUGACCCCCUAUGAGCUGGAGCUGGCCUGUAACCCAGCCCGCGAAUGGACGGGGAAUUACCUCACUGACUUCCGAGACCUGCUGCCAGGUGCCUGUGCACAUGUUGAGCUCCCACCAGCCGUCCCUUCAGCGGAGGCCGUUCCUGACAUCUCGCUGAUCACGGGGGAGAUGCGUGCCACCCACCUCUGCGACUCCCCAGCCCCACAGCUGCCCCCCAGCACUGCCCUGGCCUGCAGGGACCAGACACGGACCCUCGCAGAGAUCAGCCCUGCUGCCUCCUUCCUGGAGUCCCGCAGCUGGCGGGGCUUGGAGCAGCAGCUGGGGCAGACGCCUGUCUCCAAGGCUGUGCAGGGCCGACGAGGGAUCGCCAUCUCCUAUGAGGACGAGGGGCACGAGCAACCCUGA